AUGGUGGCCCAGGGUGGUCCUCUGGGUCCUGUUUGGAUUGCUGCUGCGCCGGAGCCCGGGACAGCAACCCUGCCCCUGCUCAUGGACUCUGUCAUCCAGGCCCUGGCUGAGCUCGAGCAGAAGGUACCAGCCACCAAGGCCAGGCACACUGCUUCUGCAUGGCUGCUGUUAGCCCAGGAGUCGGGUCCCCGCGAUCUUGUCCAUCACUUCCUGCUGGAGGGGCGGAGUCCCGAGGCCACCAGGCUGGAUCCCCACCAACUGAGCCCAGAGCUUCGAGGUCUAACCAAGGACGUGGUCCAACAUGGGGUUCGGGCCGGGCAGGAAUAUGGAGUUGUGCUGGCACCCGAUGGCUCAACGGUGGCAGUGGAGCCUCUUCUGGUGGGGCUGGAGGCAGGGCUGCAGGGGUACAGGGUUGUAAACCUGCCCUUGGACAGCACGGCCAGCCCUCGGGAUGCUGGAGCCACCUCUGCAGACACUGAAGCCACGGUUCCCGAUGUAAGAGCCACAUCUCCAGGGUUCAGGGAUGCCCUUCCAGACGUCAUCUCUGCAGAUGUCAGAGCCAUGUAUUCAAAUGUGAGAGCCGCAGAUCUAGAUGGUCAAACCACCUCUCCAGGUGUUAGACCUGGCUCUCCAGAUGUCCCCGUCACCUCUCUGGAUGUCCAAGCUCCCUCGCCAGGUACCAUCAAGUCCCCGACCACGGUGGACAGCCCGGUGGUCACCCUGGCCAGAGACCUGGGUCUGGCCUUCCUCCAGGGCCCUCAGACCUGGAGUCAUUCAGGCCUGGGAACCGACGGUUUGCUGGACCAGCUAUCUGCCCCCCGGACCUUCACACUCUUAGACUCCAAGGCAUCGCCAGUCACCAUGGCCUUCCUCAACGGUGCCCUGGAUGGGGCCCUCCUAGGAGAUUAUCGAAGCCGAACUCCUGAGCCCCGGCUACCUCUCAGCCACCUACUGAGCCAAUACUAUGGUGCUGGGGUGGCUGGAAAUCUAGGACUUUGCAGCAACCUCCGACGGCAGAACGGAGCUGCUUCUGACUUCAGCCCCUACAUUGACCCAGCAGGUGUGGGGGCCCUCAUCCUGCUACAGAAGCUGGAGCCAACACACCCUCAACUGCAGGGCAUGAGCCAAGAACAGCUGGCACAGGUAGCGACCAACGCUACCAAGGAAUUCACUGAGGCCUUCCUGGGGUGCCCGGCCAUCCAUCCGCGUUGCCGCUGGGGCGCAGCACCAUAUCGGGGCCUCCCGACGCCGCUGCAGCUGCCCCUCGGGUUCUUGUAUGUACAUCACCACGUGCCGGCGCCACCCUGCACGGAUUUCGCGCACUGCGCCGCCGACAUGCGCUCGAUGCAACGCUUCCACCAAGAUACGGGGUGGGACGACAUCGGCUACAGUUUCGUGGUAGGCUCAGACGGCUGGUAUGAGGGCCGCGGCUGGCACUGGGUGGGCGCGCACACACGCGGCCACAACUCCCGCGGCUUCGGCGUGGCCUUCGUGGGCAACUACACUGCGGAGCUGCCGGCGAAGGCUGCGCUUCACAUCGUGCAGGACGUGCUCCCCGGCUGCGCCGUGCGCGCUGGCCUCCUGCGUCCAGACUACCAGAUGCUUGGCCACCGCCAGCUCGUGCGCACUGACUGUCCUGGGGACGCGCUCUUCGACCUGCUGCGCACCUGGCCGCGCUUCGCUGCGAAUGUGAAACCCAGAACAGCCAGGAGGGCUUCUAGAAGAUCCAGAAGGAAGCCACCUCCAAUGAUCCUGCCAGCCUCAGACCUCCAAUAA